CCCCCUCGUCGACUUGCAACCACAGUCAAUUAUUAUUUAUGCAAUUUAUUCACCACAAUCUCCACACACAAAAAAAGAAUCUAACAGUCCCCCCCUUCCUAGGAAAAGUAUCAAAUGGCGCAUAGAUAUUCCCCUCUGUUUCUCUGCGUCCUAGAGAGACUACUACUAGUGUUCCUCCUUUACUUCCUCAAUGCUAUCAAUCCGACGAGGUGUGAGGUGCCGGCGGUGAUAGUGUUCGGGGACUCGUCGGUGGACGCCGGGAACAACAACGUCAUCUCCACCCUGCUCAAGAGCAACUUCCAGCCCUACGGUCGGGAUUUCGACGGCGGCCGGCCCACGGGCAGAUUCUCCAAUGGCAAGAUCCCGCCGGACUACAUCUCCCAGGCCUUUGGGCUCAAGCCCAAUGUCCCCGCUUACUUGGACCCGAACUACGGUAUUGCUGAUUUCGUCACCGGAGUUUGCUUCGCUUCCGCCGGUACUGGCUACGACAAUGCCACCUCCGACGUCCUGCAGAAUGUGAUUCCACUUCGGAAAGAACUGGAGUACUACAUGGACUACCAAUCCAAGCUCCGAGCCUACGUGGGCGACCAAAGGGGCAACAAAAUCAUCUCCGAGGCGCUCUACCUAAUGAGCUUGGGGACAAACGACUUCCUCGAGAACUACUACACCUUCCCAACUCGGCGGUCCCAAUUCAACGUGAAGCAGUACCAGGACUUCCUUGUGGAACUCUCUCGAAGCUUCAUCACCGAGCUCUACAAGAUGGGCGCAAGGAAGAUAUCCCUAACGGGCGUCCCUCCGAUGGGUUGCCUGCCCUUGGAGAGGGCCACCAACUUCAUGGACCACCACGCCUGCGUCCGCGAGUAUAACGACGUCGCUCUCGAGUUCAACGGCAAGCUCGACGCCAUGGUGGGGCAGCUGAAUAAGGAGUUGGAGGGGCUCAAGGUGGUGUUUACCAGGGACGUCUAUGGCCUGGUGCUUGACAUGAUCACCAAGCCUUCUUCUUAUGGGUUCGAGGUGGCAGGGAUGUCAUGCUGUGCGACGGGGACAUUCGAGAUGGGUUACCUCUGCAACAGACAUUCCAUCACUUGUGAAGACGCCAACAAAUAUGUAUUCUGGGAUGCCUUCCAUCCCUCUGAGAGGACUAACCAAAUUGUUUCUUCCCAUCUCAUCCCUAUUCUUAAGUCCGAGUUCAAAUAACUACUGCAGAAACAGGGAUUGUUCAAUCCCGUACCAUUUGAUUUGUAUGUGGUGCAAACAUGAAGCUUGGUUAUUUCGGAGUAGUGAUUUGUAACAAUGUCCCCAAUGGCUUAAAUUACCAAAUGGAGACAUUCAUAUUAUGGAUAUAAAAUUAAUACAGCCCAAUUUACAUGUUUUGGUCAAGUCCAGUCACAUAAUUAGGGAUUGGGCCAAAGGGCCCUUCAGGUCAAGUUUGGGUAAUCUAGAGAGUUCUGAAUGAUAAAACAUUUUCUCAUGGCUGAAAACUCCCAAUAAGAUAAGUCAAAGGACCCUCAUCUAGAAUAAAAUCUCAA